AUGGCGGAUAGAAGCAAUGAUCGUGUUCAUGAAAUGGUUCAUGAUUCGAACAAGAAAAAUAGGGCUAAGAAGGAGCGAGUUUGGACCGAAACUGAAUUAAAAUAUUUUGCAAUUGUACUAGCAGAUGAAAAGAAACAGUAUGCAGUUCAAUUAGAAACGCUAGCAUUAAAGAAGUCUGCAAACUUGUGUGUUUAUGAAGAAAUUGCAAAAGAUCUUGAAACAUACCUAAAAUCUGACGAAUUCAAAGAAGAAAGCAAACGUGAAAGAGAAAAUUCGAAACGAAAAUUGAAAGAUACCCCCCUGGAAAUUACUCCAGCUAGGCUCCGAGUUAAGUAUAAGUUUCUUAGAAGUCAGUGGCGAAAAUUUACAGAUCGUGUUAAAAAGGGAAGCGGAAAGGCACCGAUUGUUGAGCCAGAGUGGUUCACCAUCAUUAAUCAAAUAUUUUGUGAUACCAUGGGAGAUGCAGAUGUUGCUUCCUGUAGUGGUGAUGUUCUGUUAUCUUACGAAUCAGACAAUUCAUUGUCAGAUUCAGACGAGGAGGAUGAGACAGUUGAUAGACCAGAUACACCUUUUAGUAAUACCAGCGGCCUUAGCAUUGAAGCAACUGAUAAUAGUGGCGAUGAUGAUGUACUAGAAGCCAGUACAAACAGUAGCUCCAGCAGUAACACCAAAGGGAAACAUAAAGCUAAACUUGAAAUCAGACCUUUUUUUCAAAAAAGAGUAAAAAGCCAAGCACAAGCAAUUCAGAAUAUGGCCAAGUCUUUUUCUGAUAUGGGAGAGAUGCAACGAAAGCGUUCAGAGUUAUUUUCUGAAGCUGAAAAGAAAAGGCAACAGGAGUUCUUAAAUUUUCAAAGAGAACAAGCAGAGCUCAACAGGCAACACGAAAUAAAGAUGUUGGAAAUGAUCAUGAAGUACAGUAGACCUUAUCAAUCAGAAGCCCCACAUCUUCGCCCUCCAAAUAUCCAGAUUGCUCACCAGCAGUCUCCUCACAACAUGUAUCCCUAUGGUGGUUUUAAUUUCAGUCAACUUGAAUCCGAUGUACAAACCACACAUGAGGGUACCACUAUUGCAAGUCUAGGUAUGCCAAUGUCAAAUCAGCAUGACCAACCUUGGUAUGAACGUAAUUAAGUUAAGUGAAAAACAGCAGUGUAUUAACUACAUGGUCAGCAUCAACAAUUAAAUAGUAUAGUUUAGUUGUCAAUUCCAAAGAUUUGAUGUUGUUUGUUUUUUAUUUUUUCUGUGUUAUAAAACUGAAUCAAUAAUGUUAAUUGAGUGUCAAAGUACCUAUAUAUUGAUGACAAAUUGUGCAAAAUGCAUGGAAACAUUUAAUUUACUUGUAUAUGCUUGUUAAUUGGAUGUUAAU